AUCUUUGUUGUAGUACGUCACGUCGUGGCCCCCGCCCUCCCCGUCAUGUGAAGAUUUAUUUAUUUUCUCCUCCUUGCCCUGCGCCUGUUAUCGCCGAGAAGCACCGUACAACCACAGCGGGACACCGCGACCACAGCAGGCCAAGCAUUAGGGCCGCAGGGCCGGGAGGAGCGGGACGGAGCCGCCGCUGACCCCGGAGGCGACAUGACUGCGGAGUAGCGAGCAAAAGGACGCCGCUGCGCCUGCUGGUGAGCCGGAGGAGGAGGAGGAGGAUGAUGGUGGUGAAUGGUGGAUGGUCUGAUGGAGGUGCAGCUGCAGGUGGAGCGGCACCUCGAGCCUUCGCCGCGGCAGCAGAGCCGCUGAACGUACCUGGAUCUGGACAAAAUAAUGUGAACACUCUGCAGCUCCCUGGCCUUCGUCGUUAACUUCAUCAUUUAUGAUUAUGAUGACGGGAUCCAGUCACGUGGCUCUGGCCUGACCGACGCGUCCUUCUCUUCCAGCGGCCCACAGGCACAAUGUCCGGGCCGGCUGCACCGGCACUGGCCACGGAGCCUGGGUUUGGGCCGGAGCUGCCGGACCUGAGCCACCUGACGGAGGAGGAGCGCAGCAUCAUCCUGUCGGUGAUGGAGAGGCAGAAGGAGGAGGAGAAGAAGGAACAGAGCAUGCUCAAGGAGCAGGAGGAAGUGAAACCUCCCUCGUCCUCGUGGAAUCCAUUCUCAGGGUUCAGUCAGUUGGUCAGUAACGUUGCCACCAACGUGUCCGAAGUUCUGCAGGUUAAAAGUCCAACAGACAACGAACUGCAGACGAAGUUACAUCAGCAGUUUGAGAUGUAUAAAGACCACAUGAAGAAGCUGGGUGAGGAGUCACCAGAGGCUCAGACAGCGCGGGCAGAGUCUCCAACCUGCGGGAUCUGUCGCAAGACCAAGUUUGCCGAUGGCUGUGGCAGAGCAUGCUGCUACUGCCAGAGUCGAUUCUGCGGCCGCUGUGGGGGGCGUGUCUCCUUGAGAGCCAAUAAGGUGAUGUGGGUGUGCAAUGUUUGCAGGAAGCAGCAGGAGUUUCUCACUCGGUCAGGGGACUUUUCCCCUGAAACGCUAUCCAUCAAUUACAGCUUACACAGGGCUCCCCACCCACCUACACAUGGGCCACUGGGUGCCACGGGGCCCUUGAGUAAUGGCGCAGCAGAAUGGAGGCAGAGCCCCUCGGGAUUGUACUAUAAUGGCAGGAGGAGCAGGAUGCCUAGCUCACCAUCGGACCUUGCUGUGAACAACCGUUCUCGAUCGCCACACUGCUGCCAUGGUAACGGAGAGGAAGAGCUACAGGCACACAGCCAACCAAUAAGAGAUGGGCGAGGUCGCUGGUACUCACAGGAUCACCCUCUAGACCAACGUCAGGAUGAGCUUGAGCUGCAGCGACAACAGGAAGUGGAGUUUCAGGCACGGUACCGUAGUGACCCAAACCUUGCCCGUUACCCAGUGAAGACACAGCCAAGUGAAGAAACCAUGAGGAUGUUAGCUCAGGUAGGCAGGGUCCGCCACCAGCGCCGCCACAGUGAUGUUUCCCUGGCAACCGCAGAGCCUGACCACCUGACCAUGAGGCAUUCAGCUCUUCGUCAGAAUCUGCCUCUGGGUUUGGUCAAAUCUGGAGGUCAGAGGUCAUACUCUGUGGACCGUGCAACCACUCACAUAAGCCCAACAUAUUCCCGUCGCAGCCCAUUAUCACAACAACUACUGGACCCAAGCUCAACCCUGAAGAGGAAGCCAGCCACUGAGAAUGUAGCACAGAGGCGUCGGCAUGUAGGGAAGAUGCACGUGAUUGGUAGCUUUAGCAGCUCAGAGGAGGAUCUUGUUACCACACCUGAGUACACUAGCGCUGACGAGCCUGACAGAGACAUGGACAGUAGUCAAUGGUGGGAUCAUGGUUCCUGGCAUGGUGAGCCUGCGCCCAUGUCUAUGCAGCCAGUCACAUGGCAGCCCUCCAAGGAUGGAGAGCGUCUGAUUGGUCGAAUUUUACUGAACAAGCGGAUGAAGGACGGAACUGUUCCCGCAGAUACAGGAGCACUGCUGGGACUCAAGGUUGUCGGUGGAAAGAUGACAGAGUCUGGUCGUCUCUGUGCUUUCAUCACUAAGGUGAAGAAAGGUAGUCUGGCUGACACUGUGGGUCACCUGAGACCAGGAGAUCAGGUUCUGGAGUGGAACGGUCGGGUUCUUCAAGGAGCCACAUUUAAUGAGGUCUACAACAUCAUACUGGAGUCCAAACAAGAACCACAGGUGGAGCUGGUGGCGUGUCGACCGAUAGGAGAUGUUUCCAGAUCAAGAGAGAGUGCCCAUGUCCAGCUGAACUCCAGUUCCAGUUCCUUUGACUCUCAGAAAGUUGGCCCAUCCAUCUCUGUCACAUCUCCAAUGAGCCCCAGUGUUCUGUCUGGACAGGUCUCAACUGUGGACAGGCAACCUCUGGUUCCCCGGAUUCAGGUGAAGCUAUGGUAUGAUAAAGUCGGCCACCAACUGAUUGUCACCGUUCUUGGAGCCAAAGAACUUCCUGCUCGGGAUGACGGCCGACCCCGGAACCCAUACGUCAAGAUCUAUUUCCUGCCAGAUAGAAGUGAUAAGAGUAAGCGGAGGACAAAGACGGUAAAGAAGUCGUUGGAACCUCGGUGGAACCAAACCUUCAUGUACUCUCCAGUCCAUCGACGUGAGUUCAGGGAGCGAAUGCUUGAGCUGACAGUCUGGGACCAGGCUCGAGUCCGAGAGGAGGAGAGCCAGUUCUUGGGAGAGAUCCUGAUAGAGAUGGAGUCGGCUCUGCUCGACGAUCAGCCUCACUGGUACAAACUGCAGCUUCAUGACAUUUCCUCUCUGCCACUGCCCAAAGCCUCCCCCUACCUGCAGAGGAGAGGACUGCAGGCUGAGCACACACACAGCAGCAGGAGGCUGCAGAACAAAGGUCAUUACUAUAACUCAGGGUCUCAGAGGAUCAGUGACAGCGAGUUUUCAGAUUAUGACUGUGAAGACGGCAUUGGGGUGAUAUCAGACUACAGACAGAAUGGGCGCGAAUUCCAUAGUUCCACCCUCUCAGUGCCAGAGCAAGUGAUUUCUCCCAAUCACUGCUCCCGUUCUGACUUGGUCAGAAUGAGGUCACGGUCACCGAGCCAGCCACCUCCUCACAGCAAUAACCCUCUUUACCCGUUAUAUCGGGAGGACGCGGUGCGGCUGCUGCGGGGCUCCAAACUGAGCCGAGCAUUCUCUGAUGCCAGCCAAUACAGCAGCCCGAACAGGCCAUUGAGGCGGAUGUCGCUUGCCAACUCACUUGAUUCCCAUGACAGAUAUUUUAAUGGCCCUAACCACAGCUGGACAAACCACAUCAUCAAUGGGAGCUGUGAUGACUACAGUCAGGACUUCAUCCCUGAUUUUCCCUAUGAGCCUGACACCUACGAUGAGGAACUACUGAGGUACAGUCGUGGGAUGGACCGGAGAGAUUACUACAGCCGAUCUCGUUCAGCUGACCGACCCAUCUACACACGCUCACACUCAACCGAUCGAUCUGACUCCACACACAUGAGGUCUGGACGGUCUGCUCCCCCCUCACCUGCCCUGAUCAGGGCUAACGCUGGAGGCGGUUCCACCUUGACAAGCCCAACGGGGACGCCUAUUUGUGGUCGCCGAGGACGCCAGCUACCUGCUGUCCCCCCCAAAGGAGCUCUCGACAGAAGGGAGGUGUUACCGACCGACAGAGAAGGUGUACUGAAGGACCCUUCAAAGAUGAAGGACAAUCUCUCCUUUAAGUCAUCAGACAGCGAUGUCAGUGAUGUCUCAGCUAUCUCCAACGCCUCUGACACUCAAUCUGUCCACAAGAUCGGUCUGAUUGAAUGUCUGGAGGGCCGAUCAGCAGAGCUGGGGGUGGGCUCGCAGGGAACAGAGGAAAUAGUGGGGGCAUCAGAAGGCGGGGAUACACUGCAGAAGAGCAACUCAGUGGAGGAAGGGGAGGAGGAGCCUGAGCCUUCAAAGGUGUCUGCAGCUGCCGCUCCUCUCACCAAGUCUUCAAGUGUCGGUGGUGAGAUUUGCUCAUUGGGGAGAAACGAUGAUGACGAUGAUGACAAGAAGCGACGCUCAAGCUUCGGUGCAAGGAUGAUGGGGAUGGUUGGACUUGGAAAGAAGAGUCAGAGUGCCUCCCAGCUCAACCCAGAGGAGGAAGAGAAGAAGAAGAAGGUGGUGAGACUUCCCGUUCAGAGAAGUGUAGAAACCGGUUUGGCCAUCGAGUUUAAAGCUCGUUUUACCCGACAGCCGAGUCGAGACCCAGAUGCCGAGGACCCCAAACCUGGAGCGCUCAUAUUUCCAGGAGUAAAGCUUGCAUCAGACAAACAGUUCACUGGUUUCCUUGAAGGAUUAGGCCCCGCCCAGCUGGCUGGACGGCAGACAUUGGCCACGCCCCCCAUGGGUGACAUCCAGAUCGGGAUGGUGUACAGGAAGGAGCGUCUGGACGUGGAGGUUAUCCGAGCUCGGGGGCUUGUGGGUAAACAAGGCAACAAGAACACUCCAGCUCCUUAUGUGAAGGUGUAUCUAAUGGAUAAUGGAAAGUGUGUGUUAAAGAGAAGAACUCGUCUGGCAAGGAAAACCCUUGACCCUCUUUAUCAGCAACAGCUGCAGUUUGAAGAAAACCCUGAGGGCAAAGUUCUACAGAUCAUCGUCUGGGGUGACUACGGUCGGAUGGACCAUAAAUCAUUCAUGGGCGCUGCCCAGAUUCUAUUGGAUGAUCUGGACCUGUCCAAUAUGGUAAUUGGCUGGUUCAAACUGUUUCCUGCCACCUCAUUAGUGGAUCCUGCGUUGGCGCCGUUGACCAAUAAGGAGACAGAAGGUAGCAAGUCUUAGCAUCAGGAGGCAUGGCUGAUUGGUCAUAGACACGUUGCAGGAUGGGCCCUAAAACAAAGUCUCAGAAUCCUCUGCUGCUGCAUGCUGCAUGAUGACAUCACAGGGAUGACAUGACAAUUUCAUGAUGAUGUCACUAGGACGAUGAGGAAGGUGCUAUUCCUGACCUGCCCACUGCGGGGGGAGACACUCAACAAAGGAUGAUGGGUAAAGAAAGGAGUGGCCAUGUGACCUCCAGCUGCCAGCUAAUCACAGCAGCUCCUUGGAAGUCAUACGACUGUUAAAGACAUGUCAGGAACCCACAAGAUUGAGUUAUGAGAUAGUAUCCAUGGAGACACAGGAACAUAGAGGGGGCUUCUUUAUGUUUAUGCAUGGAAUGACGAAAACAUUAGAACAUAAACUCCAUCGAAGAAAAACACCACACCAACAAGUAAAAUCAUGAAAACGUGAAAACAAAAGAACAUGAGAACAACAAACAUGACAACAUGUGAGAGCAUGAAAAUAUGUAAGACCAUGCCAGGGUGUGAGAACAUGAGAAUGUUGUCUAAAACUUCAAAAUAAAGAUUCUUAAACAAC